GACGGAAAGGGACCUAAGUGAUGCGACCCUGAAUAACCUCAUAUUUAUGGAAAAGCUUCAACUUUGCGCAUAGAAAAGUUCCUGGAUUAGGGCAGAAUUAACACAAAGCAGCGACGCCACUCCAGCUCCACUCCCAACAACAGAGGCGAGGCAGAGGAGGACUGCGACACGGCCGGCUCAAGACACUCAAGUGCUCCGCGACAUCUCCCAUAAGUCCACAGUGCACAGACAGACGGCACCAUCCUCUUCACCACCGGCACAGACAGCCAGGAUCUGUGGUAACCAGGUCCUGAAGGAUGGAACAGAAGCAAUGUCCUGGGAUACUGAAUGGAGCGGUUCCGGGCGAGUCGGUGAAGAAAGAUGAAAACUCCCGCAGGGGGAACUGGGGAAACCAGAUUGAGUUUGUGCUCACCAGCGUGGGCUAUGCUGUGGGCCUGGGUAACGUCUGGAGGUUUCCAUACCUCUGCUAUAGAAAUGGAGGAGGUGCCUUCAUGCUGCCAUAUUUUAUCAUGCUUGUUUUCUGCGGCAUCCCUCUUUUCUUCUUGGAGCUCUCCUUUGGUCAGUUUGCCAGUUUGGGAUGCCUGGGUGUCUGGAAGAUAAGCCCCAUGUUCAAAGGUGUGGGCUAUGGCAUGAUGGUGGUGUCCACCUACAUUGGGAUAUAUUACAACGUGGUCAUCUGUAUUGCCUUCUACUACUUUUUUAUGUCUAUGACAAACUUGCUACCAUGGACUUACUGCAAUAAUCCCUGGAACACACCAGACUGCUCCGGUGUCGUAGACUCCAGCUCAUAUGUUAACUCCAGCUUGGCUAAUGCUACUAGCAGCCUGCUAACAGCAGUGAACCGCACAAAGAGAACCAGUCCCAGUGAGGAGUACUGGAAGCAUUAUGUACUGAACAUUUCCGAUGACAUUGGAAACUUUGGUGAGGUGCGGCUCCCCAUCCUGGGCUGCCUGGCUGUGUCCUGGUUUGUCGUGUUCCUCUGCCUCUUCAGGGGCGUCAAAUCAUCUGGAAAGGUUGUUUACUUUACUGCUACCUUUCCCUACGUGGUCCUGACUAUCCUCUUCAUUCGAGGAAUUACUUUGGAAGGAGCCUUCAAUGGCAUCAAAUACUACCUGACCCCUCAGUGGCAGAAAGUCUUGGAUGCAAAGGUUUGGGGAGAUGCUGCAUCUCAGAUUUUUUACUCUCUCGGCUGUGCCUGGGGUGGUCUGAUAACCAUGGCGUCGUAUAACAAGUUCCACAAUAACUGUUUCAGAGACAGUAUCAUCAUCAGUGUUACCAAUUGUGCCACCAGUGUCUAUGCUGGUUUUGUCAUCUUCUCCAUCUUGGGCUUCAUGGCUCACCACCUGAAUGUCCCUGUGUCAGAAGUGGCCGACCAUGGCCCAGGUCUGGCAUUUGUAGCUUACCCAGAAGCUCUAACACUCCUGCCCAUCUCUCCUCUGUGGUCACUGCUCUUCUUUUUUAUGCUUAUUCUUCUCGGACUGGGAACACAGUUCUGUCUCUUAGAAACCCUGGUGACGGCCAUUGUGGAUGAGAUUGGGACAGAUUGGAUCAUCAGGAACAAGACUGUGGUCACUCUGUCUGUGGCCAUUCUUGGCUUUUUAUUAGGAGUACCUCUUACAACACAGGCGGGAAUCUACUGGCUGCUGCUCAUGGACAACUAUGCUGCUAGUUUCUCCUUGGUCAUAAUCUCCUGUAUAAUGUGCAUUUGCAUCAUGUACAUUUAUGGUCACAGAAAUUACUUUAAAGAUGUUGAGAUGAUGCUGGGUUUCCCUCCUCCACUGUUCUUCAGGAUUUGCUGGAGAUUCAUUUCUCCUGUCAUCAUUAGUUUCAUCCUGAUAUUCACAGUGAUUCAGUACAAACCUAUCACCUACAAUGACUACGUGUACCCGGGCUGGUCUUUGGCCAUUGGUUUUUCCAUGGCCCUGUCCUCUGUGAUUUGCAUACCCAUCUAUGCCCUCUACAAGAUCUCCAAAUCUCCAGGAGCCACCUUCAAAGAGCGAUUAAGGUAUGCAUGCCGCGCACAUCCAAAGUGGGGCCCAGCCCUCCAAGAGCACCGGACAGGCCGCUACGCACCCAUGGCCACAGCCCCUGAAGACACGGUGGAGGCACGCCCUCUGAAGGAGAAGGAGGAGCUCAAAGAGGAGCCAAAGGAGGAGAAAAAGGAGGAGAUCAGUCUCACCAUUCAGGGAAGCAACGGCUCCACCAACACACACAACAGCCCCAACCCCAGUGCAUAGAUGCCAUGUGCCAUCAACCCAACGCCAGCUCCUCGCCUGCCUGCCCUCUGCCCGCCCCAUCCAAGCCACUUUCCCACAGGCUUUUGUGGGGGAGAUCCCAUUUGCUGGAGACCUUUACAUAUUGUAAAGGCUUAUUAUAUCUAUCCUAACCUCCUAUCUGUCUGUGUGUUGCCUGUAAAGUCAAGUUUUAAAAAAGGAAGAAAAAAUUGGAUCAACUUCCAAAAUGAAUUGUGUGUUUGCGUGUUUUGUGAGUGAGCAUGAGUGAGUUUUUAAUUUGUUCCACAUAAUUUAAUAAUGCAGUUUUGUUUCUAUUUUUCUGUCAAACUUGUGCAUGUACGUGUCAUCUUUAUGCAGUCAGUGUAGGGUGUAGAGUGGAUGCAUGCAUAUCCUUUGUGCAGCGAUAUAGAGACAGCUCACUUGUGUUUGCCGUGUGCCAUGGGUGACGAGUGUGGUGUGUGACAUAGUGAUGCGUUAUCUGGCAGAAAGGAUUGAUAAGAGCCUGCACUGGCUGUACCCGUGCACAUUGAUGAGCAGGAAGAUGAAAAUGGAGAAACACAGUUACACUUUUUCACAUUCAAACUAUUAUACAUUUUUACAGCACAUGGUGACCUCAAAUUUAGUUUCCAACUAAAUCUUAAGUGUGUUGUUUUUGCUGCUGCCUCUUCAGUAAAUGUAUUAAAUUAAGAGCACAUGUUUAACUAACCAGACAUGGAGUGGUGUGAUGCUCAGUGGGAGAAACUUCCACAAUUUAACUAAAGCUGCUUCAACCGAUGACUUCAAAUACUUCAACUCAUCUUCACUGCUUUUGAAUUUAACACUAGUAUUCUAAAGUAAGCCAAUCAUGACAGGACAUCGCAGUGCCAAUUUCUCAGGGUCCACAUGAACUGUUUUUUCACCUGUGGAAACCUUGUCCUGUUUUAAGUUGUGUGUUAUAUUUUUAGGGACCUAAACCAUCGCAAAGAAACAUAUUCAGAUUAAUUAUGUAUUUUUAAUCAAAAAAGUUAUAUUCCUUUAUAGAGCUGUUCUAGACACUUAAUCUCUCUUCUGUCAUUCUCGGUGGUCUAGUAAACUAUUUAUUUGGCCAAAGCUGCCCUGGGCAGACUGAUGGAAGUGUGACUGCUAGAGGGAAAGCUUCUCUACUGCUGUCAUCAACUUUAGUUUACUAAACUAAUUUUUUUUAAGUCUUCCAAUACUCGUUUCUAUCAAAUGUGUUGAAGAGAACAGGAGACAAGAAGAGCAGGUUGUGUUUUGCUGUUGUUUAAGGUAUAGGUCAUAGGUCAUAGGUCAUGUUAAAGGGACACAUUUUUGCUAACAUCAGCCUACAUCAAAUGUAGCUACCACUGAACCAUAUGCAAGAGUACACAAACUUGUUGAAAUGGCAUCAAUAUCUGCCUUCUGCCUAUGUGCAGUCCCAGUCUUCCUUUUCAUGAGAGAGAUAGUGAAGUAAAAGUGUUUCAUGAGGUUUCAGUUGUUUUUUGUAGAUAACUUAUAAGACAGUUUCUGAUGUGCAGAGUAAAACUGUGGCCCUUUGGGACAUGUGACCAAAUCAAUAGUUUAUAUUACCUGAGUACUGUACGUGUUUUACUAAAAAGCCUGUAUGUUUGUUCUACAGAGACUGAUCCAGUCUGAAACAGUCAUAACCUUUAAAGUAGAACCCGAUGUGAGCUGUCAACAGCAACAUCACAGAACACGUGAAUAUCAAAUAACUUUGAAUAUAGGUUUAUUGUAUACUUUCUAAUAAUGUCUCAGUAGUCUCUCCCUUAGUUUUCUCUAUUGUAACUAACUUAGUGAAUGAUUUUAAAAGUUUAUUUUGUAAAAAAAAAAAAAUGUUUACCAUUUAUUUCCUGUGACAUCAUUUGUUGUUUUCUUGGUGGUUGGUGUGGCCUACUUCUGUAGGGACGAGCUGGUGUGGCUUAGCACAAACUGGGUGCUCAUGCACAGCAGGUCGAUCACUGCGUGUCUCUGAUUUGAAGGAAUUGUUUGUAGUAAUGCUUGGGCGGAUGUUUGCCUCUUGAAGCUAGCUUUCAUACUGUACCAUGCUUCCUGUUGUGGUCAAAUGUGUUUUGACAUUUGGGUUUUUACAAACAUGAAACUGUCUGUCCUAAAUUUGCUUUCACUUAGGUAGCACAGUAUUGGCCAAUUAAAGGAACUAAAACUGUGCAGUUUCUUUGUCAGACCACAAGAGGGAGACCUGCUAACUCUCAGGGCAGUCAAGUCAGUUUGCAGUGUGAGCUAAAAGAGCUAAAUAUUCCUGGUUUCAAUCUGGAAUGAAUAAUAAAUAGCUACAAAAUACCAAUAAGCACAAGAGUUUAUAAUGCAACAAUAAUUAAACAACAAUAAGUUAAAGCAUUCCAAAAACAUGCCAACUCUAAAUAUAGGUAUCCACAAUAUUGUAUCUGGCAAACAGCAGCAUCUAUGCCUCCUCUUUAGUGUCCACUACAUCUGAGUACGAUGAUUUCUAACAUACUUGCAUUUAGAGCAUUACAGUGUUUUGACGAGAGCGUGAGUGUGUCUAGUUUACCUAUGUGUUGCUGCUGUAGUAAGUGGAUUUAAACGUCUGUGCAGUCAUGGUAUGUCUUAUUAUCUCACCUUUACAGUCGUGGCUGCCCUUUGUACAGUAAUGUAAAAAAAUAUAUAUUCGGACUAUGUGUUGCUGUGUAGUUUUCUUUUUGGAGUUGAGGAGGAUGACCCAAAGGAGGUGCUUGAGUAUUGUUUUAUUUUGACUUUUUUCAUUUGUGCUUCAUGUAGUGUAACCUAGAUGUCUUGUACUAGUUUAGCUGUGUAGCCUGCUUGUAGUGCAGGCAUAGAGUCAUUAUUGAUGUCAGUGUAUCUAAUAAUGCCAAGACCUAGAGAAGUUGUAUUCUGCUAACAUAUUCAGUGUAUUUUGUACUAAAGGGGAGAAAGUACAUAUUUUAUCUUUGGAUUUUAAUUGUUCAUCCAUGUUUAGGACAUUACUUUUGGUUGCUGUUUUUUUUUUCCUUUUUAAAGCUAUAUUAAAAGUAAAAAAGACAAAGCCAGUUGAUAUAAAAGGCAUUGCCAAACACUUGGAUGAAAACUUGAACUACAAAAGAAUGGGAUGUUUUUACUGUGAACUCCCAGUGGGCAGAAGUACAGAUGCAUGACAAAGUUUUUAUGCUGUUGCCUCACAAUUGUACAGUUGUCUGACUUGUGAGCAAAGCAGAAGGAUGUCAAAAGAAAACACCAAAUGACUGCUACCAGGUUUACUCAAGCAUUUCUCCAUUCACAUGUGUUAUUGCAUCUAUGUUCAUUCUGUCUAAAUGUACUUCUAUGAAAGAGGUGCGCCAAAUGUCCCCUGGUUAAAGGUGCACUAUGCAACAUUUCUGGUGGGAUGUUUCACUACCUGCUUUUCGCCAUGGAGAUGUUAUUGCUUUUUCUGGAGUGCUCAACAGUACGGCAUUAAACAUAUCAAAACAUUUAUUCAAUUGCAAGUGUUUAUGCCUGGUGGAAUCACCAGCUUGCACCAUUGAGAUGCAUCAUUUUAAUUCCAUACUGUGGAACUUUCCAGCAAAGGCAUGUGAACAAGGUGACGGAGCCCCCUUAAGAAAAAUUACAUAGUGCAUUUUUAAAGCUCUGAUAUGUUGCUCAAGAAUGUUUAGCAUUUGCUAACAGCCCACUUUACUAAAUGCUUAUAGCUUGCUUGUUGUUGAAUUAUGCAGUCUGCACUGAUGUUUCAAAACACAACCGUUAACACUGUACUUAUAAACUGUGACUUGACCUGAUUCUCCACAAGCUGCCAAACAUUACCUCUUCUUAUAUUGUUAGUACGGCUCAUGUAGCACAAUUCUCAUCUUCUGCACUUUAAUCAUGUUAGUUUUACAGGCGCUAUGGAAAUACAUUUGUACAAUUAAAUGACUCAAUAUCCUUUUCAGUUGUGUUGCUGAUUUAAGCACUCAACAAACCGGGUGAUGUUCCUAUGCCACUGUAAAUUGUUUAGGUGGAGAAAAGCACAAAUGAAAGAGAAUGCAAUUAUUCUAUCAUAUCUGUAUCUAUCUAACAUGUCUGUUCUUCAACCUUUAGGGCCAAAAUCCAUUGAAAUGUCUUAGUCCUGUCAUGUAUAUCGUAAACUGUUGAAUUACAAAAUGAUAAAUAAAAUGUAUUUUAAAGAUCA